AUGAUGGCACCGACGAAGCGCUCGUGUGACGAAGCCAGUAAGCUCUUGGGCGAGCGUAUGCUGCAGGGAUGGACUAUGCUGGGCCUGAGCUGUCCUGUGGACGACUGCUACACGCCGCUCGUGUGGAACAAACAGAGUCGCAAGAUGUUCUGUGUGAGGUGCGACCAGUACGUGGUCACGGAGGAGGAACUGAAGCAGCAGCAAGCCGAGCAGAAGGCUGAAGAGAUGGCAGCGAACGAGAUCGAGGAAGCCGAGGCCGCAGCACGACUCGAGGCCGAGCGAAGGCACCGGAUUGAGCAGCAGUUCCGCUUGGAAGAGCAAGCCAAACAGGCUAGAGGCAUGCAGGAACUUGACCAAGCACAGGCACAGCGUGGCAUAGCGUUGCAAGGAGCUGCAAAGCGCAAGAUCAAUACGGCAGCAAUCCACAGCAGCUUCGAUAGCGGUGCGGACGUGAAUGCGGUCCGUCGACAGACACUUGCUGCGCUUUAUCAGAAAAUGGCAGCGUUGACGGACUCGCUGUCGCCCAGCGACCACAGUGAGCGUCUUGUCUCGGUCGCCAGAGCUGUGCGGGAGAUUGCUGAAGCGACACGGCUGUUGGAGCAGUAG